AUGGGGGUGGCAGUGUCGAGGGUCCGGGGGAACAUGGGCUUGAAUGGGGGUUGCCUCAGAAAGAGCAAGACGGCGGGUGUUUCUCUCUUGGUUUGACCGGUGGCAACAUCGAUCAGCAAUGCCGCACAGACUUUUGCGCGCCGAAACAUGCGUGCGACAGCUUUAACCUAACCACUUCGGUGGAAAGAGGAUUUCUGUUCGAUACGGUGUCGGGAGUGCUGAGGGGGAAGGGCUUGACCCUUGUGCUUGCAGAUGGCGAGGAAGUAGGAACAGGGGGUGGCGGUGUCGGGGGUCCGGGGGAACAUGGGCUUGAGUGGGGGGUGCCUCAGAAAGAGCAAGACGGCGGGUGUUUCUCUCUUGGUUUGACCGGUGGCAGUAUCGAUCAGCAAUGCCGCACAGACUUUUGCGCGCCGAAAUAUGCGUGCGACAGCUUUAACCUAACCACUUCGGUGGAAAGCGGAUUUCUGUUCGAUACGGUGUCAGGGGUACCAGGGAAGACGGGGCCGACUUUUGUUUUAUUUCGGGUGGAUGAGGUUGGGGUUUUGUUCGUUUUUCUCCAUCUAAGGUUCGUGCCUAGAGUUCAGCUGUAUGUUUCAACCAAAGUUUUGUUGACUUAGAGGCAAACAUUCCUAGCUAUUGGGCAUCGAGUUAAUUUGGCUUGGCAUGACGGCCUUUACGAUCGACUUUUUAUGUAUGUCUGCAUUUAUCUGCAAUUGUCGGAGGGCAAACAAAAUAAUAA